CAAUCACCUAUAGCUUCAAAGAACCGGAAAACAUCACAGGCUUCGUUAGUGUCCCUUAGAUACCUUCCAAGAAACAAACGCUUGAACCUAGGAACAGGGUUCUUAUGCUUGGUGAUGUUAAUUAAUUUGUCUAAAAAUAAAUAUAAAAAUAGAAUUUUCUUCAGUUGUCUGACAGCAAAUAAAAAAAAAAAAGCUGAGAACAUGAUGACAUGAAAAUUAGAGUUCAAAUUUAUAUUUAAAAAAAAGGCUUGGGGCCUAUCAGCCGCACCGUUCCUGCACUAGGCUCUAGUCUAUGGAGAGAGAGAGAGAGAAAGAGAUAGCUAAAGAAAAGCAACAGAGACAGAUUCAUCUUCUUUACUCAACUCUGUUCUGUUGUGUCUUUUUGUAGAGAAAAGGCCAAGAACCCAUUUAUACAAACCUGCUAGUUUCUGUAACUGAAAUCAAGAAAAUGAGGCUCUCCGAUACUCGGUAUCAUCAUUGCUUUAUGUAAUUCUGCUUUCUUAUUUGCUGCAAGUUCACUACUUGAAGAUUUUGUUGGUGGGCUCACUGGGUAUUCUCUUCUCCCAUUUGUAAGUUUCAGCUGUGUAUCAAAUUCUUCUAUUACAGUAAAAGAAAUAGAGGCAAACCCAGAUUGUUUUUUCUUUUUUGGAACUUUUCUAUUCCAGUGCUUACCCGCUCAAAUUCCUUGAAUUUUUGUUGCUAGCAAUCAGUCUUUUUUCAGAUUUGUGGGUUUAUAUAGUGAAACCCAUUAAUUCAGUACAGUUUUUAAAAGUAUGGGUUUGUUCCAAUUUAGAUUAUUGUGUUUGUAUCUUUUCCUUGUGUUCAAAACCAGUAUUGCUGGUUCUCAGUAUAUAGGUCAGAUAUAUCCUGGUUUCCAAGCAUCUCAUAUGGAUUGGAUGGAGAAUGGGGGGCUAUUCUUGCGAUCAAAGAACUCAACUUUUGGUUUUGGCUUCUACACUGCCCUUGAUGCUCAAUCUUAUUUACUAGUUAUCAUCCACUUGAAAAGUGCCAAAGUUGUUUGGACUGCUAAUAGAGGUUUGUUGAUCAGUGAUUCUGAUAAGUUUUUGUUUGAAAAAAAUGGAGAUGUUUAUUUGCAACGUGGAGAUGGCGUAGCUUGGUCCGCAGGUACUAAAGGGCAAAGAGUUACUUCUAUGGAACUGAUGGACUCAGGCAACAUGGUGUUGCAUGGGGACAGUGGAAGAAUUCUUUGGCAGAGUUUUAGCUAUCCCACGGAUACGCUUUUACCCGGCCAGGAGUUUGUAGAAGGAAUGAGACUUAAAAGUUUCCCAAACAAAAACACCUUGACUAAUUAUCUUGAAAUUAAGUCUGGUGAUUUGGUCUUGUAUGCAGGAUAUAUAACUCCACAAAUAUACUGGUCCCUGGCAAAUGAAAGCCGGAAAACCAAUAGCAGUGUCAAAGGCAAAGUGCACUAUGCAUCUCUUUUGUCCAAUUCAUGGAAUUUCUAUGAUCAAAACAGAGUCUUGCUUUGGCAGUUCAUAUUCUCUGAUAAUUCUGACCCAUAUGUGAUGUGGGCUUUGAAAUUAGGUGCUGAUGGGGCAAUAGCGUUCUAUAAUCUUGAAAAAGGUAGAUCGGUUGCCCUUGAGGCAACUAAGAUACCACAAGAUUCAUGCAGCAUUCCGGAGCCGUGUGGCAGAUACUAUGUAUGCUAUUUUGACAAUUGGUGUCAAUGCCCAAAUCAACUGAACACUCAGUUUGGUUGCAAACCUCCAGUGGCUUCAUCCUGUAAUGGCUCCAAAAUUUCAGCUGAGCUUUUUUAUGUUGGUGAGAAGCUGGAUUAUUUUGCACUUGCGUUUGUGACACCCUUCUUCAAAUCCAAUUUAAAUGCUUGCAAAGAAGCUUGUCUUGGCAACUGUUCUUGCAUUGUGUUGUUCUUCGAAAAUAGUACCGGAAGCUGCUUUCUAUUUGAUCAGUUAGGGAGUUUGACUCGCAGUCAGGAGGGUUCUUCAGGUUAUAUUUUAUAUAUGAAGGUUUCAAUGGGGGAGCAAAAUUCAGCCAGUGGCAGGAAUGUAGGGAAGGAGGCCUUAUUAAUUGCAAUAAUUGUUAUUGCAACAAUAGUGGCAAUUGUAGGUUUAAUUUAUGUGGGAAUCUGGUAUCGCCGCAGAGGGGAGAAAUACUUGGUAUUUCAACAGCAAAAUCCGGAAGAAGAUGAUUUCUGGGACAGUAUUCCUGGGAUGCCUGCUCGUUACAGCUUUAGUGAUCUUUAUAAAGCAACUAAAAACUUCUCCGUGAAGGUUGGCCAAGGAGGGUUUGGCUCAGUCUACCUAGGUGCGCUACCAGAUGGUACCCAGUUGGCUGUCAAAAAAUUAGAAGGCAUUGGACAGGGAAAGAAAGAGUUCAGAGCUGAAGUGAGUAUAAUUGGGAGUGUCCAUCAUGUCCAUCUGGUCAAGCUUAAAGGCUUCUGUGCUGAAGGGGCUCACCGGCUUCUUGUUUAUGAGUUCAUGGAGAAAGGAUCUCUUGAUAAAUGGAUCUUCAAGAAUGCUGAACAAAGUUCCUUUUUAGAGUGGAAUGCAAGAUACAACAUUGCAGUCGGUAUGGCAAAAGGUCUGGCUUAUCUCCACGAGGAGUGUGAGGUAAAAAUAGUACACUGUGACAUAAAACCUCAGAAUGUGCUUCUUGAUGAUAAUUUCACUGCCAAAGUUUCAGAUUUCGGUUUGGCAAAGCUAAUGAAUCACGAAGACAGCCUUGUUUAUACUACAGUGAGGGGUACUAGGGGGUAUCUUGCACCAGAAUGGAUCACCAACAAUCCUAUAUCAGAGAAGAGUGAUGUGUAUAGCUAUGGUGUAGUAUUGCUGGAGAUCAUCGGAGGAAGGAAGAACUAUGAUUCAACAGAAAUUUCGGAGAAAUCCCAUUUUCCUUCUUAUUCCUUCAAGAUGCUGGAAGAAGGAAGAUUGAGAGAAAUCAUUGAUCCAAAGCUGGACAUCAAUGCAAAUGACGUGAGGGUUGUCACUGCAAUCAAAGUUGCAUUAUGGUGCAUACAAGAAGAGAUGCAAUUGAGACCACCUAUGACUAAAGUUGUCCAAAUGCUUGAAGGUCUUUGUGAUGUGCCUGAUCCUCCAAUUUCUUCUCAAUCAGCUUCUCGCUCCAUGUCAACUUUCAUUAAAUGGAACAGCAAAGAAUGUUCCUCUUCAGGCCCUGUUGAUGACACAAGUGAUGCUUUUUUGUCAGAUGUUCGACUCUCAGGCCCUAGAUAACAUAACAGAAGCAAUUGUUAGAAGCAAGCUUUGAAAGAUGAGUUUUCUCAAAAUUCAUGUGGUCUGAUGCUUUUCCUUAUUUGUAUUUAUCUCUCCAUUUUUUUUUUCUUUUUCUGAUUUAACCUGCAUAUUGAAACUCAACUUCCUGAGUCACAAACCUUUUGGUUAGAUUGCAGAUCAAAUUCUGCAAUCCUCUUGUAUUUUCAGCAGAAGAAUGUUGAUGAGAAUAUUAUGCUGAUAUAGAAUACUAUUUUUCUGAUUAA